GAAGUGGUAGUGUUACAGGAAGCCUUGUCUUGCCUACAAAACUUUGAAGCAGUUUGUCGAAAAACACUCGCCGAAACACCAAAAGACGUGGAAUUACGAUAGCCUAGAGAUCUAGAUCUAGAUAUCUAUAUAUAAUAUAUCAAUGAAACGGUACUUUUGAGUGAUCAAUCAUCCAUUGGAAAUUGGAACCAAAGAAGAACGCCAGUCCAACAAUAGUGUCAAUAGGCAUAGGACCAGAUCUUUGAACAGCCUGCAGCUAUAGACUAGACUAUAGAAUAGCCUGCCAACUAGGCUCUCCCGCUUCAAAUCGAGAGAACAUCAAAAUUUUGUGCAAUUUUAUCAACUGUGGUCAGUGUGCUACCUUACCUUUGGCCCAAAAAUGGCAGAAGCAAGUGAGGGGAUGGAAGAAUUUUGUGAUAAUUUCUUCAAAAUAAAAUUGACGGAGAAAGAGUUUCAAAGUCCGGCCUUCGAACGGCUCCUGGAAAAUGGAACCCUACAUAGGAACGAAAUAGAAAAAAUAAGGGAGGAAGAUGAGUUUGAUGAAAGAGAGGACCUAUCGGACACUAAAGCUGGAUUCUCUGAUGAUGAUGAGGCUCAAGGAGGAGUGGAUGGUCAUGAAACUGAUCUUCGCCUGCGAGACUAUCAGUUCGAGCUGGCGGAGGAGGCUGUCAAGGGCUACAACACUGUCGUAUGUGCUCCUACUGGCUCAGGAAAGACACGAGUUGCUACAUACGUCAUUCAAAAACAUUUGGAGAAAGAAGAAGCUACGAAUGCAGUCAAAAAAGUUGUGUUCCUUGCACGAACCGUUCCUCUUGUGAAGCAACAGUAUGAUAACCUACAACGACAUCUUGGAAAUAAAUACAGCAUCCUGAAGGUGUCAGGAGGAGAAGAGAUCAGCUUGAAGCUUCACAUGAUAAUCGAUACUUAUGACAUCAUCGUGAUGACACCUCAGAUCCUGUUGAACCACCUGAACUUUGAUCUCAUCCCGAGCCUUGAGAUCCUCUCCCUUGUGGUCUUUGACGAGUGCCACCACACAAAUAAAAAGGAGACCUACAACAUACUCAUGCAGGCCUAUCACAAGACAAGAAUGGAGAACGGUGGUGAAAAGAUGCCUCAGAUAUUGGGACUUACUGCCUCUCUUGGUGUUGGAAAUGCCCAGACAAUAGAUGGGGCGUAUGAGAAUAUAGUGAAAGUUUGUGGGAAUCUUGAUGUCAGAAAAAUUUCCACUGUCUCAAAACAUGUUUCUGAGCUGCAAAAGCAUACGCCAGUACCCACCGAAGAGAAUGUGAAUUUACAACGAAGAGGACUGGAUAAUUUUGUGGAAAACAUGAAUAGCUACAUGACAAAAAUAGAAAAAAGAAUCAAACGACUUGCCGAAGGCUUAAGUUGUGGAGGUGUUCAUGAAGAACUUAACAUGUUGCCACCAGACAAAAAACUUCAAGCCUACAGGCAACGAAUUGUCCUUGUGAGACAAGCUGUAGAAACUUGCAAACCCCAAGAAGACCGCAUUAAAGAUAAAGGGUUGCUUAUCUCCCUGACAAGGCGACUAGAGGUUUGCAGUGAAGCUCUGGACCUGUAUGAUUUGGCAGAUACACAGGAAGUUCAGAAGUUCCUACUCAAAAAAAUCAUGGAUGUACCAGAUGAGAAUUUAAGAGAAUUACCGGAGAUGGAUCCUGCCUCAGCUUCACCAAACAAAAAUCUUCAAAACCUUGAGAAAGUUCUACAAGAACAUUUGGUUGAAAAAAGUCAGUCUUCACGAUGCAUAAUUUUUGUGUCCACCCGAGCUUUGGCAAAAGCUCUCACAGGCUGGAUGAAUAGGUUGAACCCAUCUGUCCGUCAUCUGAAGGCAGCUGUGUUUUCUGGGACUUCUGCUUCUAAAGACAAAGAUGGCACAAGUAAGAUUGAGCAGAACCUACUUCUCAAGUCUUUUCGUGAAGGGGAAGUGAAUGUACUGGUUGCUACAACCGUGGCAGAAGAAGGACUGGAUAUUACUGAAUGCAGUUUAGUCAUAAUGUACAACCAUGUUGGAAAUGAAGUGUCACGGAUUCAGAGAAUGGGGCGCUGUCGACAGUUCAAUGGAGUGUCUGUGUUGAUGGCAAUGCCUGAAGAUAGACCGCGGGACUACUUGAACAGAGAAAAGGCUGUCUUGAUGAACAAUGCCUUAAAAGACAUAGGGCAAAAAAGACAAGAAUUUGAGAGGAAGGUGAAGCAGUUCAUUGAAAUGGAGCUGGAACCUGAUAUAAAGGCUUUGAGCAGCACAAGCGAUGUGACUCAAGUACCUGAAAGAAUUCUUGAGUUUAAGUGCAAAAUCUGCCACCGACUUGCAGUCAAGAGCUGUGAUCUCAGAUUGAUUCACAAGAUGCACAGAGUUGUAGUAAAUGGAGACUUUCUUGACAACAUUGAACUGCUGUAUCAGAGACCAAAAAAUGUUUCUGAACUCCGUUUUAUCGCAAAAGUCUUCUGCAAAGAGAAAGAAUGUGACAACUCUAUUGGAACAUUGCUGAUAUAUAAGUACACACCAUUUGUUGUGCUUUGCCGUGAAAAUUUGCACUGUCCAUCUCUCAAGUCGAAUUGGAAGUGGAAAGAUGCUUCUGAGAAAGGAUGUAAAUGCGCUGAUAUUCAGCCUCAUGACUUUAAAGAGUAUCUGUUUGGAAACAAGGAUAAGUGGUAUGAGCCCCCCUCCGUCGGUGCAACAAAGCAAAGGAGACCCCCCCCUGCAGGACCGUCAGUUGUUCCAGCACCAGAGGCAGACAAUAGACAAGUCGAGCCAGCCAUACAAAUAGGCCAGGCUUCCAAUGCAGAAGACACAAACUGUGAAAAUGGGGGCAUUGAAGGGCUGGGUGAUUUAGAUGAGGCUCAAAGAAUUUUAGCAGAUGCUCCUCCUUUGGAUAUUCUUUCCCUUACUAGACAGAAUGUCCUAUCAGAUUUUGCUCUGCACCAAACAAGCUUUGAAAGUGAUAUGAGCACUCUAAAAAUAAGCAAAUAAAGUCAAGGGAGUAAUAGAAAGCAGUGGAAGGUACUUUUUUUUUUGCAGUUGUUGGAUUUUGUUAUGAUUUAGAACGCAUUUUUUUAAAAACAUCUGUUGGGUCAGAAAUCUUUUCAUUAUGUAUGAAUUUUGCUAAUUAUGAAUUUCAAGCUGUAUCAAGGGAGGUGGACAAAUUUGGACUUCUGGGCCUAAAAUUUAAAUUAAUUAUACCCCUAUGCCGAGCAGAUUUGGGUUUUUCAUAUAUUGACUUCACAUCUGCUAGGACAAGCUUUCUGGCUUCUGUUGCUCCGCAAUGGUCCACUCUGUACCAAAACUUCACAGAAAACUAACUUUGCAGAAUGUCAGAAAGCUGUUUCGUCGUGUGUAAUCUCUGUUGAAAAUGAAGAGUGUUGAUACACAAGGCAACAAUCGAUAUAAUCGAAUACAUGCCUUCACGUGACCACAUACUCCCAAUACGUAACUGAAGUGUGUAGGUUAGAUUCACCAUUGAACACUUCAGUGAUGUAUGUAAUAAACAGGUCAACGGCCUACACUAUUGCCCUUGGCUUAUAGCAAGAACGUUGGCCUGCACUCACACCAUGCCUGUUCCCCCCCCCACCUCUCUCUCUCUCUCUCUCUCUCUCUCUCUCUCACUCUCUCUCUCACACACACACACACACACAUACACGCAGCAUGGCUACUUCGGUGAUGGAAAUUUGCAGUUGUGUUUAAUUAGUGCUACCCUCACAUGUUUAUGCUAUGUGCAUAUUUUGAAUACAAAGAAUGUUUAAAAAGAAAUUUGGGACCUGAAAAUUUGUUUACUAUGUGAGUUUUUCUCAAUAUAGGCAUCAGCUCUAUGUGCGAGUUAGACUGCAAAUAAAAGCUUAAUGUUGGCACGAAGGCCUUAAAGUUGAUAUUCCUAACACAUUCAGUAUAUACUUUAAAACGUUUUGGAUCCUCAAGUUGAGGUUAUUGAUAAGGUCAGUUUAUAUUUGAAAGAAUUUUGACAUUCUUAAGUUGUUGUGAAUGUUCUGCAUAUUUACAGGCUUUAUGUGAGAAAAUGGGGUUUUAAAAUUGAUGCACUGAAGGGUAGAGAGAGAAUAUUUAGUUUUGCCUCAUUUUGCUUCACUUUUAUUGGAAAGGCCUCACAAUAUGUCAUGUUUUUAUGCCUUCGAUUUGAUAAUGUUGUUAUAAUUGUAGAUUUUUGUGAUCAUGUUGAAUUUUGUGUGCAAUUUUGACUCUCUUGUUGAGAGGGAAUGUGAUCAUUUACUCAAUGUGAAUAAUAUCAAGAGGGUCAUUUUUCUGCCUUUCUUCAUGUGAGGUUCUUAGUCUUUUAAAGAGGACAAAAAGAUUGUUAUCACUCCGUGACAACAGCCUUAUAUGCGUGGAAACUUUCUGAGAAAAGUAAUCUGAGACAUUUGAGAUGUGAAUUAAAGGCACGAUAAGGGCGAAGAGGGGAAGGGGGCCAAACCUUGCUUGAUGGCAGGCUGUUGUGCCCCUAAGCUAGGAGUUGAACUGACACAAAUGUGGUAAGGAUCCACCUAUUACUUCACAGUGACAACCUGCAGUGUCGGCUGUCCUUUGGAGUUCACACCAUAACACUCACAGUAAUCUGUAAAAGCAAAAGUCAUGGAGAUUAGCUAAGACCCAUAGCCGAUAAACUCAAAGCUCCUACUAUUGCACGACAUUUACUAACACUUUUUAGCAGACCCAAAGAGUGGAAAAAGAAAUAAAUGCUGAACUGAUCAGCACAUAGCAAGAAAUGAACAGUGCUUUCACAAGCUUCAAAUAUAAUGUGAUACCAAAACAAUGCACAAAUGGCAUGGCAUAACCAAAGUGGGUCUAUAUGCUCUCUGAUUGUGACUGGUUAUGCAAAAUAUGUUUAACCAGAUGUGAUGAAAUGAAAGUUGAAUCACAUUCACUAUAAAAUAAUUUUUUCAAGUUGUUGCACUUAUGUCCUUAACUUUUUCAGUCUUAUAAUAUCAUUUUUUCAAGUUGUUGCAUUUAGAUCUAUGUCCUUAACUUUUUCAGUCUUUUAAAGUUUGUUUUGACCCAUUUUAUGUAACAUUUUAUUUGGGUGUAAUUCCAUAAUUUUUAAUACCAAGACACAUGGGAUCAAAUUUGAAGGUUUCAUCCAGCAUUCAUGAAUAAACUUGAGUCUAAACUAGAAAGAAAGCUCUUUCAUAAGAUAUUUCGGGGAAAAAGCUGCUUUAUCAUUAUUUUUUUUUUAAUUGAGAUGAUAGGCUAUGUAUUGCUAGUGGAAAAAAAAAUGUUACGUAUUUUUUAUGAAUGUGCUUGCAAAGCUGAAUGGGGAGUUGUCUUAUUUAUUUAUCUUUUAUAAUUUGAUUCGUCCAGUUUAUUUUGGUGAAUUCUUAGAAAGACUAUGAGGGAGACUAUACUCCUACAGAGACAUGUUACAUAGAAGAAGCAAGCAAGACUGAGAUUCAAGAAUGAAGAAGUUAUUGAGAUACAUCGACUAGGGAUGCAGCUGCUGGUGUUCAUGAACUUUUAAGUACAAUUACUGUUCAUGUUUUAUGCUCCUCCUUGAAACAAUUUAGACCAUGAAGCAGUCUGGCUGCUUUGAGAAUGCUUGUCAAAUCCAGCAAAGCUGUAUUGAAUACUGCAUGCGUAUCCUAGCAGAAAGAUGGAAAAUCUAGAUAAAAUAUCUUCUUCACUUCUGAAUUUUAUUAACCCGUUGCCAGGCACACAGCUUAACCAUCACACACACACCACAGAUGCUGGACCUUUUUUUGUCUUUCGUCUGCUGGUAAUUCAAAUGUUGGGUCUUCUGUUCUUGGUUUCAAUUUUUCUCAUGUCACCAGUCAGGCUGCUUUUGUUCUCCAACCUGGAUGCUUAGCUUACAUAACCUUUGUUUCCUUUCUUGUCCCUGUCUUUAUAGUGCUCUAUACACCUCUCCAAUGUGCUUUGUUUGUAUACAUUGACAUUUCAGCAAGAUGUUUCCCUGCUUCUGAUAAAGAGACUUUAUGGGGACACUUCUGCCCGGUAUGUCAGAACCCUUCACUUAAGAUGUGGUUUUUGCCUUUGGGUCUUGUGAAAUAUUUAUGAUAGCUAUGGGUUUCUUUAUUCAUGGAAAGCACUUGUUUCGUCAGGUUUAUUAAGAUAAUGACAGGCAUUUUUGCUACUUGUUUCACAUAAGAUUAUGUAAAAUGGUUUAUGAAGAUAAGGAAUGAUAGAAUGUGCCUUGAAAGGAACACAUAAAAAAUUGUAUUGUUUUCAUCAAAUUAUAUGUCAUCAUUGAAAAUACAGCACAGUGUCUGUGUAGAGAUUUUAAGAGAUUGUUGUUUUUAGUGUUAAUGUUAAAUCUUCUUGAACUUUGCACUGCCUCUCAGAUGCACACUGGCAGUAACAAAUUGUGUAGCUACAAGCUGCAAGGAUAAUGAGGUUAAGGUACAACUUUGCUACUUCAUAGGACAUCUUUGUGUUGAACUCGCUUGAGCUGAUCUUCGGUUAAAUUGAUAUUUUUCUUGGGUCCCAGCACUUCCUCUUCUUUACAUUUGUUAAUUAAUAUCAAACGGUUGAGUUCAACUUAAACGUACUACAAAUUAAAAUACGAACAGUGGAAAAUGUUUUGUUAUGUCCCUUGAUUUUGUGAUCUGGACGAAAUUGAGCUUGGGAGGAGUUGGGGGGUUUUUUUCACUCCCUUGACAUCAACUCAUCAGUAGUCGACUGUACUGUGAUAUCUUUGUGAUAAAUUUUACUUGUCUAAAGUGCUGUGCUUUUCAUUCAUUUAUUUUUUUUUCUUUUUUGUGGAGUGUUUUCUACUUUAUAAUUCAUCUUAAGUAAUUGCCCAAGAGAAAAUAGUGAAGUGAAAAUAAUGUAGCCUACUGUAACUAUUUAAUAUUAAAGCUCUGUUUUUGGACAUGAA